AUGCCAUCGGUGCCCAGUCCAGCGGCAACUGCGAAAUCGGCUGCCGUGGUGAAGCGGGAUGAAGAAGGCGCGGAACACAAUGGUGGCGCAAUGCUGGCGGAAGAGGAGGAGCCUGCCAACUUGGACUUGCCCAAGAAAUUGUUUCACUGCGCGGCCUGUCGUGCCCCCCUCAAGCCUCCGGUGUUCAAGUGCGAAAAGGAGCAUUUCGUGUGCUGCGCUUGCGGCGGCGGCAACAGAGACGGCACAGCGAACAGGCACUGCGGUCGAUGCGGGCAUGACGUCUCCUACACCCACUCCGAGUUCAUGGACGGCGUGGUCGGCGCCUACAAGGUGCCGUGCCCGUACAAGCAGCACGGCUGCGCGAGCUCCAUCGUGUACCACGCGGCGGCGGACCACAAGGCCAAGUGCGCGCACGCGCCCUGCUACUGCUUCGAGUGCACGCCCCCGUUCGAGGGCUCGCCGGCGGAACUCCUGCGACACCUCACGGCGCCGUCCGGGAAACACUCCUGGCUCACGGACAAGAUCAAAUACGAGGGCAACGCUGACGCCGACUCGAGGCCGCUGUACACGGGCGUGCUCUGGGUGGAUGGUCCUCCGGCCGCCCCCGGCCACCUCAGGGGCAGCGUCCAGGUGAAAGGGGACGUGGCGAGCUGCUCCGUCCCGGGCGAGGUGGACAUGGAGCAGGGCUUGCUCCAUGCGCAUGUCAACCCGAGCAUGCUGCACGGAGAGUCCGGCGAGGUUCAUCUGCGGCUCCGUAUCACCAAAUUCCCAUAAAUGAAUUAGCCAGCCUUCUCUGAUUUGAUCACUCCUUGCUCACCAUAUAUA